AGCUAGGUCAAAGGGUCAAGUUCCCCUUUUCCCCUGGCGGCAAACCCCAUUGAAUUAUCAAAACAAGUAGCAUUUCCUGCUUCAUUGGGGCUUGGGUUUCUUGAAAUUUGUUAAGGCCAUAUAAUAUUUUAUGCUGACGUCACUCAGGUUAUUGAUUGGCAAUGGCAUUUGACAGUACUAAUACUAGUGGAUCUUUCUUCAUAAAAACAGUUGAAUUGCAAAACUGGUGGUUAACGAAAACACCCGGAACACAAUACGAUAAUGAAACACUAAUAAUAGGGGUUGCUGGUGUCUCCCAACAGAAUGGGGUAGGGCGAUGUUUCUAUUCUGCACCGAUACUUAAGGUAACGGAUUACUUUGAGUUAGAGACUGUUGACGGCGUAUUUGUCAUUUUGAGAAGCUUUAUUGACAAGGAGCGCACCCUCGAAAAUGGAUUCUCCCCUGAGGUGUUUGAACAUUUUAUUUUUGGUUUUCCUCUUAACUGGAAACAAUUUGCUACAAGCAGUCCCGAAGACUCUGCUGCCAAAUGUGUUGCAAGAGGUUUGGAGUUUCCACCACAUGAAGAUGGGAAAGUCUCGAUUGAAGGACAUGCUGACUUUCAUGAUCGCUCCCCAAGUAAAUCACAGCAAAGUGAUAUCUACACCGUGGAUAUGGAAGUUCAAGAUUGCGAAGACACAAUUUUGAACAAUAAAACUGCUACUGUCUCUAAUGCAUCCUCGUAUGAAACUCCACAAGAGCACCUAGUUAAAGCUGGACAUGAAAUUCCAGGUAAAAGAUCUCCUGUGACAUCCGAAUAUGAGGCUGAUUCAAGUCCCUUGGCUAGUCCCAUUGUAGGAAAGGCUGCGAACUCAUCAACACCUAAGCGUUUAAGAGUUUCUAGCAGGCGUAUGACAAGAUCCAUGACCAAGGUGGAUAUCAGUAAAACCAAUUCUCCACUACUAAAUGAUAUAUCUAAUUUGAAUAAGGUAGCUCUUAUUGAUCCCGAUAUUACUGAGGAUACUAGAAAUAAGUCAACGUCUCAAGUUGGGAUUUCGAAUCAGGGGGAAAGUAAGGAUGCUGAUGCAGGGAGAUAUGAUUCAAAGGAAAAAGAAACUACAGAUUUAUCUAAGGCCAAUGUUUCAAUAAUAAAUUCAAAACGGAAACAAAAUGACCAAAAUGUUGAUGAUACUAGAAAGAAGUUAACCUUUCAAGUUGGUAUUUCAAGUCAGAGGAAAAGUAAGGAAGCUGGUGUAAGCAGUGAAUCACAGAUUGGCAUAAGGAAAUGUGAUUUAAGGCCAAAACUCAAUAAAUCUGGCUGUUCAGAUCCAUUUACUAACACGAGUGUUGGUGUUGUAAGCUCAAUAAAUGCCUCCACUGGGGAUAUCAACUUUGCUUCUGGUGUAAUAGCUGAAAAUGACAACGCAGUCCCUUCAAGGACAAACAUGAAAGGUUGCCAAAAUAAGGGAAAAGGUCAAGAAGGUGUAGCUUCAAAGGCCGAAAUUGGUUCUGAAAAGGUUAUCACUCGCAGCAAGUCCAGAGGCAACCUGAAAUCUCCAAGUUUAUGCCAUGGAAGCCCUAAAACGCAACUUAAAGCAAGUCCCAAAACUCAUCCACAGGCCAACAAGGCCUCCAAGGAAGAAUGUGGAAGUGAAUACACUUUGUCUCCAGAAUCUUUGAGUGGAAAGAAGUCCAGAUCGGGAAGAGUGCUCCUACCCAAAUUGGAAUUCUGGCGCAACCAAAGAAAGGUUUUUGAUGAGAAUGGAGAAGUGUGUGGAGUCGAGGAACGUGUGUGAUACCAUCAUCAGUAGAUGGUUUGCCUUUGCUAUCAACCUAUCAUGAUCACAGCAUUUAUCAUGUGUGGGGACUGUGAUGCAGUUUUUUUGGGGUAAAGGGUUUUACCAUAUAUAUAUAUAUAUUAGAACAUGCGAUGUAAGCGUCACAUCAACUUUUACAAUGCCCAUUCACAACUGUAAUGUAGUUUUGUGGUAGUAACUUACCUAAAAAAAGAUUAAUAUUGGUCCUUGUUUACUGUGAAUGUUGUAUGAUAUGUUGGGUUUUACCUCAUUACUUACCAUUAAGCAGUAGUUUUGAUGGCUGUAUUUCCAUAAA